UAUUUCUUUUGCAGGUUGAAAUAGCAUGUAUUGUAGAAGAGAAAUUAAUUCAAACUAUAAUGAAUACAAGUUCAAGUCGAGACUUCAAUGAUGCAAAGAUCGUAGUGAAAGAGUUAUUAUAUAUUGUACACUCUGAUAAACAUUAUCAAAAUGUGGAGUUAAUUUUGGAAAUACACUUGCCAAUAUUAAAAUUAUCAUCAUACACAUUGGAUUUUGGUGUUGUAUAUAUAGGUGAUACGAAGAAACUAACAUUAACACUCAAAAACUUAUCAAUAUGCAGGUUAAACUGUAGAAUAAAUAAAAAGACCAACGUUGAAGAAUUUAUGAUUGAUAAAGAACAUGGCAUACUGCCAAGUCAUUAUAACCAUGAAGGCUGGUAUUUCACAGUCACAGUAUCUUUCCAACCAAGAAAACUGGGGCAAUUAGUUGAAACAUUAGAAAUAUUAACAGGUGUCCCAUACAGUACAGAAGAAUGUCAACUUUAUGGGGAAGGAACAUUAGAUGAAAAAUAUCAUACUCCAGGUGUAUAAAAGGAUAAAUAACAACAGAUCUACUUGAAAAUUAUGAUUCAUUACGGCAAAAUAAAAGAAAAUUCACAGAAACGAACUAAAAUGCGAUAUAGCAUUAUUAACAAGAAUGGUGCUCUAUCGAACAGCAAUAAAUGCGGAAAAUAGAAUAUAAAUGUUCAUACCAACAAUACAAUUCCAGGACGUUACAUAAAGCGUAAUACAACAGGAAAAUCGAGACAUUUGAAACUGAAAACAUACUAAAAAAAAAAAACACUCGAAGAUUUCUAUUCUUCUCUGGAAACGACCAUUUUCAUUAUUUCGACUGAACAUUUACUUUUUUUUUUAUAUUUACUUGGCAGAUUCGAUUAGCACGAUGCAAAUUAAAUUCAUUCACAAGAAAAAAAAAAAGAAAAAGAAAAAGAACGUACAAACACUACGAACGUAUAACUUCGUAUUAGGAUGAUCUUGGUUCAUCGAUAAGAUACUUCAGUCUUUAAUAAUUACAUUACUGGAAUUGAUAAUUAAGAGCAAUAAAAAGGGAUUUUUCGCUCUCAUGAGCGUGGGCCUUUCUGUCGAUGAUAUUAAAAACGUGUCC